GGGCGGACCCGGAAGUGCUCAUGGGAGCGCUGUGGAAGUCUGGGCUUUCCUUAGCAACGCGGAGAGCGCCUUUAGUAACACCCGGGCGCUAUGCCGGUGUGGCUGCGGGACUACAGCUGGCGGCAAACGGACGUCGCCGUGUACGUGUCGCUGUCACUGGGCGGGGUCCGCGUUGCUCCGGCCAACAUCUUCUGCACCGACCAAUACCUGAAGGUAAAUGUCCCUCCAUUUUUAUUUGAAGUCAUUCUAUAUGCUCCCAUUGAUGAUACCAGUAGUACAGCAAAGAUUGAGAAUGGAUCAGUUUUCUUCACUUUAUAUAAAAAAGAAGCAGCCACCUGGGAAACCCUGGUUAUGGAAAAUACUGACAAGGAAAAAAUGCAGAAAAUAAGAGAGAAUGCUGUCCUAAAAGCCCAAGAGAAGGCAAAAAAGGAGAUGGAAGCAAAAGCUGUUAAAAAGCAAGAACAUAAAAAAUAUGCGUUGGAGGCCACAAUGAAGCUAGAAGAAGCAGAGAGAAAAAGAAUUGAAGAGCUGAAAGAAGAAGAGAGAAGAAAGGUUACUGAGGAGCUGGAGAUUUGGAAAACUCAGAGAAAUGAGAAACAGAGAGAAGAGAGAGUGCAUCAAGAAAGGAAACAAACAGAAAAGAAAAACCAAAAAAUAAAUAAAACUAUGACUUUGAGGGAAGGAAAUUACAAGAAUAUAAGUUUACCUACAAAAGUUACAGGAAAUAUAUUUUCAGAGAAGUUGAAAGAGGAGUCUUUCCCUGCUCCUCGAGCUGCUGGUACUAUUAAAAUCAACUUUACACCUCGGGUCUUUCCUACAGCUCUCAGAGAAUCCCGAGUAGCAGAAGAGGAGGAAUGGCUGUAUAAGCAAGCAGAGGCUCGAAGAGCAAUGAACAAUGAUUUUUCUGAGCUUGAUGACUUAGAAGAAGAGGAGAAAAACCCAGACUGGCUAAAGGAUAAAGGAAAUAAGAUGUUUUCAUCAGGAAACUAUCUUGCAGCUGUAAAUGCAUAUAACUUGGCAAUUCGAUUAAAUAAUAAGAUGCCAGUACUGUAUCUAAAUCGUGCUGCUUGCCACCUUAAAUUGAGAAACUUGCACAAGAGCAUUGAAGAUUCAUCAAAGGCUCUAGACUUGCUGACACCACCUGUUUCAGACAACGCUAAUGCUAGAGUUAAAGCAUAUGUGAGACGUGGAACAGCCUUUUGUCAAUUGGAAUUGUAUGCUGAAGGUCUCCAGGAUUAUGAAGCUGCUCUCAAAAUUGAUCCCACAAAUGAGCUUGUAGCACAAGAUGCUGAGAAGAUUCGGCAUAUAAUUCAAGGAAUUCAACAACAAGAUUCGUAAUAAAGUCUGGAAUCGGUAUGAUGGCUUGCUUAUUAAGCAGGACUAAGGAAAAAUGGUAAUUCAAAUUCUGUCUGAGCCAGUGAAGGCAGAAACUGCUUUGUUGCUGUAUUUAUCCCGAUGAUAAGAUUGGGUAAAAAACAGGUACACUUCAUAAGAGUUGCUAUAAGUUUAGUAAAUAUAAAAAUAAGAUAAAUGAUAACAUGCAUUUAAUUUUUCUUACCUGUUUUCCAGUACUGUAUUUAUUUUCCUUUAUGAAAUACUGGCUGACCUGAAUAACAGAACAUAGUUUUCUGUAUUUAAUUUUACACAUAUAGCUAACUAAAUUAGGUAUCUGUUGGGAAAUUUCUAGCAUGGGUAAAACAACUUCUAUAGUAGCUCUUGGUCAGCAUUGUUACCUGUGUUUAUAGGAAUGUACUAAUAUAUAUGGAGGCAUUAGCAAACUUA